GGUCCAAGAGGGGACUCAGGUGUCCAGGUCCAGGGAGGACCCAGGGAUCCAGGUCCUGCCACAGGUCCAGGAGGGGACCCAGAUUUGUUGGGGGUCUCAGGAGGGACCCAGGUGUCCCCAAGAGGGGACCCAGGCAUCUGGGUCCAAGGGGGACUGAGGGGUCCAGGUCCUACCAAGGGUCCAAGAGGACACCCAGGUGUCCAGGUCCAGGGACCCAGGGGUCCAGGUCCUGUUGGGGGUCUCAGAGGGGAGCCAGGGGUCCAGGUCCAGGGGGGACCCAGGGGUCCAAGUCCCGUUGGGGGGUCUCAGAAGGGACCCAGGG